AUGGUUCCAAUACUCGACCAAUCCGAGAUCCCAACCCGCUUCCUCAUCAUCUCCGACACCUACGACAAUGUCUCGCCUCACCCGCCCGCCUCCUUACCAAACAGCAUCGACGUCCUCAUCCACUGCGGCAACCUCACCUACGACUCCAAACUCGCCGAGUUCACCACCGCCCUCGCCCUUCUCUCGAGUCUCAACACCGUUCCCCUGAAACUAAUCAUCCCCGGACCCAACGACUGGACUCUAGACGACGCCGCGUACGAAGCCAGAAUUACCGAAGCCAGCAACACUAAUAAGAAAAAAGGCGGGACUGGGGCCCUGUUACCAAGGGAUAUGGAGGCCCUGUACGCCGAAUACGGCAGGCCGGGGCAGGCUCGUCAGCUCUUGUUGUCUGAAAAGGCGAGGCAGCAUGGGAUUUUUUUGAUGGCGAAUGAAGGAAGAUGGGAAUUUGCCCUGGCGAACCACGCUGUUUUGGCGGUUGGCGAUGUGCAGACCUAA